AUGCUCAAACUUGCCAACACCUUAGGCCCCUUACCCACCAGCUGGAACAAAACAUCCUCCAAUAAUUUCUGCAUCUCCUGGCAUUGGCUAGACUGUGAUUCCUCUGGUAGAGUCAUUGACAUUAAUCUCGUAGAUCAACACCUGACAGGCACCCUUCCUCCAGAGUUGUCUAAUCUCACUGAGCUCAAGUCCCUUCACCUAAAAAUUGAUCUUGCUGAAUGUACCGGUCCUGAAUUUUUCACAGCUAGUCAUUCCAAUAUUACUGGCUCCAUUCCUGACAUAUUGGGCUCCUUCUCAAACUUGCAGAAAAUGCAACUUAGCUCAACAACCGGACAGAUGGAAGGAUUAAUUGGUACAAUUGAUGUGCUCACAUCGAUGAGCCAGCUGUCCCUGCAGGUGGAGCUACAAGGUGUUGGGGUUUCUUGUGAUCAACAGGUAACAACAUUGCUUGAAAUUGCAGGGGCUUUAGGGUAUCCAGUGAAUCUGUCUGAUAAUUGGAAGGGGAAUAAUGCCUGUGAUUGGGCUUAUUGGACCUGUCCUAUUCCUGACAGCCUGACCAAACUAAUGCAACUUAAUAUACUAGAUGUUUCCAAUAAUAAUUUGUCAGGGAAGGUUCUGAAAUUUAGGCCACCUCUGAAAUUGACAAUUAAGCCUGGGAAAGCUCUGCUGGAGAUGGGUAUGGACACUGGAGUCGGAAAAAAUCCUGAUACGAAUGCUACAGAAGAAACUGAUGCUAAGAAAGCAGGCGUAUGUUUACCAGUUAUGCUGUUCUUGCCAUUCUUAUUGUAG